UAAGUUUAAUUGGCAUGCACAUUAUGAAUAUGUAUAUAUAGACCUUAAGGCAUGCACCAACACAAUAAUAGAGCUAAAAUAAAAAUAAAGGAAGUGAUCAAUAAUUGAUCAUAGUACGACCCGUAAACACCUAAUUAAGACCGAAUUGAAUAGCCGCGAUCCGGUCAAGCUAGCUAAGUCGUGUAAUUCGGGUUUUAUAAGUAAUCUACAUCGAUCAAGAAUGAGUAUGAGACCAAGAGGAGCAGCAGUUGUUGCGGGUAGGCGCCCAGGAAGAUCUGGCAUUCUUCCGGUUUAUGAAGAUUUUAAGCCAACUUUUGAAUGGAAACAUGAACAAGGAGCUUCUAUACUGCUUUACCAUCUUCCUGGUUUUGCCAAAGAACAAAUCAGAAUAAUAGCUGAAAGUAGAGGGAUUUUAAGAGUUCGGGGAGAACGUCUGGUGACAAGUAAUAAAUGGAGUCGUUUCCAAGAAGAGGUUGUGGUUCCAGAAGAAUGUAACAUGAGUGAGAUUGGAGCGAAAUUCGAAGGUGGAAUUCUUCGAAUUACAAUGCCAAAAAAGAAUCCAAUUGAACAACAAUCAAACACAACGACGUUACAUGAAGAACCUCCAACAUCAAGUGAUGUAACAACACCUAACGUGGUAAAACAACCAAAGUCUGAACAAGAAGCUAAGUUACAAGAUGAAAUGGCUUCAAAACCUCAAGCUCAAACAAGAAGUAAUUACCCUUACCCACCAUUUCCUGUUUUUAGAAAACGCGACAAUAAGCCUGAAUUACAACAAAUAGCAAAUGUUAUACCACCACCGCCUCUAAUAGAUUUUAAACCAUCACAAAACAAUCUAGAUAAUAAACAAGUUCCUCAUCAUGCCAAAGAAAAGUUUACAGAAGAUCACAAUGACAUUUUGGAUUCUAAUAAGAGAGGUGAAAGCAAAGGAACGACACAAACAAGCCGAAUUAAACAAAAUCAGGACCAUGAAAUGUAUGAUGAUGCUCUUGGUGAAUCAGAUAAAACCAGUAAAUUUGGUGGUGAUCAUAAUACCAGGUUGAUGAAAACUCAGUUUAAUGAAGACGGACAACUAUUGAUGAAUAUGGGUGCAGCAGUAUUAGUCAUUGUUGCACUUGGGACAUACAUAUCCUACUCCUUUGGUUUUGGGGAUUCAUUUUAAUUAUACGGAGUAUUAUUUUUACUUUUCAUUUCUUAUCAUGUACGAAGUAUAAGUGUGUAUAACCAUAUAUUUCAUGUUAUGUUCGGUGAAUAUAUAUUUAUGUAUAAAAUAAUGUGAUAUUGAUGAUACUAUUUAAUUAUAUAUUGUGGCAUUAAUUGCUUCA